UUCAUAAAUUUCAAAAACAAAACGACAAAGCGAAGGGGUUACAAAGCAGUGGCUGCGCAGCGCAGCACCGCAUAAUAGCGCCUCCAGAGUCAAGGUGCUUCCAAGACUUGCGCGGCAAGUCAGUGAACAUGGGAGCCACCGCCAACGCGAAACACAGAUCACGUUCCCAUUUCUCGGCCGAUUCUUUUAUUCCCACCGACUCUGACUUUCCAAUUCACUUGGAAGCUAACCCACGACUCUCUCUCUCUCUCUCUCUCUUACUUUUUUUCUACCGAACUUUUUCUUCUCUUAAAUUUUGCCGUUUCGUAAAAUUGUUUCCGGAGUUCUUGGGGAUCUGUACAUUUAUUUCUGAGGCGCCGAAGAACAUACGGUUUUUGCAGAGAAGAUAUGCCAACGUACGCUUUCUAUAACAGGGUUUCCAGACUUUUCCGGGACCAUCCGUCGUUUUCCAGGCUCCUUGUUCUUGUCUCCGUUAGUGGGGGGAGCCUUGUAGCAUAUGCUGAUGCUAGCCCAACAAAUGGGGUACCCAGUCUUGCAUCUAAAGCCAAUGUAGAUGAGAAAAAGAAGAAGGUGGUAGUGCUUGGAACUGGUUGGGCGGGAACAAGUUUCUUGAAGAAUAUUAAAGAUCCGUCGUAUGAGGUUCAAGUGAUAUCACCUCGAAAUUAUUUUGCGUUCACCCCAUUAUUACCAAGUGUUACAUGUGGUACAGUGGAAGCCCGUAGCAUUGUUGAACCCAUUCGCAACAUUGUGAGAAAGAAAAGGGUAGACAUUAGAUUCAAUGAAGCAGAAUGCUACAAGAUUGAUGCUAAAAACAAAAAACUCUACUGCCGAUCUAACGAAAACAACAAUCUGAAUGGAAAAAAGGAAUUUGUUGUGGAUUACGACUACCUGGUGAUAUCUGUGGGAGCACAAGUUAAUACAUUCAAUACUCCUGGCGUUGUGGAGAAUUGCCAUUUCUUAAAGGAAGUGGAAGAUGCUCAGAGAAUACGAAGAACUGUAAUUGAUUGCUUUGAGAGGGCAAGCCUGCCUACCCUGGAUGAAGAAGAUAGAAAGAAAAUUCUUCAUUUUGCUAUUGUUGGUGGUGGCCCCACUGGUGUGGAAUUUGCAGCAGAACUUCAUGAUUUUGUUAAUGAGGACUUGGUCAAGUUAUAUCCUGGACUUCAGGAUUUUGUAAAAAUUACUCUUCUUGAGGCAGGAGAUCAUAUCUUGAACAUGUUUGACAAAAGAAUUACUGCUUUUGCUGAAGAAAAAUUCCGUAGAGAUGGUAUUGAUGUUAAGACAGGAUCGAUGGUAAUCAAGGUAACUGAUAAAGAGAUUUCUACCAAGGAAAUGAAGAAUGGAGAAAUAUCCUCUAUGCCUUAUGGAAUGACUGUAUGGUCAACUGGAAUAGGAACGCGUCCGAUCAUAAAGGACUUUAUGACACAGAUUGGUCAGGCUAACAGGCGUGCUUUGGCAACCGACGAAUGGCUUCGAGUAGAGGGAUGCGACAAUGUAUAUGCACUUGGUGACUGCGCUACUAUAAAUCAGCGAAGAGUCAUGGAGGAUAUUUCAGCAAUUUUUAUCAAGGCAGACAAAGACAAUUCUGGGACACUAACAGUUAAAGAAUUUAAAGAAGUCAUUGAUGACAUAUGUGAAAGGUAUCCCCAGGUGGAACUAUAUUUGAAGAAUAAGCAAAUGCACGACAUUGUUGAUCUUUUAAAAGGAUCCAAAGGGGAUGUGGCAAAGGAAUCAAUCGCACUAGACAUUGAAGAGUUUAAAUCCGCCCUUUCCCAAGUUGAUUCACAAAUGAAAAACCUUCCUGCUACCGCACAGGUGGCUGCACAACAAGGCGCAUAUCUUGCCCAUUGUUUUAACCGUAUGGAAGAAUGCGAAAGCAAUCCUGAAGGUCCUCUGAGGUUUAGGGGAUCAGGACGCCACCGCUUUCGGCCCUUUAGGUACAAACAUCUUGGACAAUUUGCACCAUUAGGAGGAGAACAAACGGCUGCACAACUUCCUGGAGAUUGGGUGUCCAUUGGCCACAGCUCUCAGUGGCUCUGGUAUUCUGUCUAUGCAAGCAAGCAAGUUAGUUGGCGGACAAGAGCACUAGUGGUAACGGAUUGGACAAGGCGUUUUGUUUUUGGAAGAGAUUCGAGUCGCAUAUGAAUCAACCGAGACCAGGGAGUUGGUCCUUGGUCCUUCAUACUCGAGUUCGAAGAUGAACCGCUGGCUGGCUGCCAAUAAAGUUGGUACAAUAAUAAUUUCGGUCGUAUUGGUCCAUUGAAUUUAUUAGUUCUUUUUUAGUAAUAGUAAGCUUUUUGUCAUUCUUCCCACGGCUUACAAUAAGUUCAUGAAUUGAGUUUGUGAGAUUUGAUGCAGUUAUUCUGUUAUGUCUCUCUCAACAUUAGUGAUUUUGUUCUCAAUAUAAUAACACAAGGAAUAAUAUUUGUCCUG